CAAACAGGAGAAAUCUGUGCUUACGUGACACUUACGGUCAUGAAGUUUAGAAUCGUUAGAUUUAUUUUAGGAAUUGUAGGUCUUAUUGUGAUAAUUCAGGUGUUGACGACCAUUUAUUUCUCGUCCAAACACUGGCCAGAAGAACAUCCAGUGCAUGGGAAUCGACAUGUUCCAAGAUCGAGUUUAAAAACCGGCCCACACGUGGGGAUCGAGUCAAAACAGGAUCCAGAACAAGGGGAACAGUUGAAAAAAACAGAGAAGAAUAAUGGGCAGGCAGCUUUAGAGCAACCAUUUGUUCCUCCAUGUAAUGUGAAACACAAAGAUGCUCUUUCUGCAUUAAAGAGGGUGAAAUCUGAGAAAUGUAGAAGACUUAUUUACAAGACAGCAUGUCUGUCAGAAGCCAAAUUACUAUAUACCUCUCUACUUGACAUUAAAAGAACUUGCCCUGCACCACGUUCUACCAAGGGCCCUGCUAAACCAAUUGAUCUUAGUCGCACAGCAUAUGGAAACCCAAUCAGAAUUGCUUUUGUUCUUACUCUUCAUGGACGAGCUUUCCGACAAGUAAAGAGAUUAUUCAAGGCUUUGUACCACAGUAAUCACUACUUUUUCUUUCACAUAGACACUAGGUCUGAUUACCUGCGAAGAGAAGUUUUAAAGAUGAUACGUGAUUUUCCAAAUGCCGCAGUGGCACCUUGGAGUAUGGCAACUAUAUGGGGAGGAGCAAGUCUUCUCCAAAUGUUGCUGAAAUGUAUGGAGGACUUAUUAGCCAAGAAAGACUGGAAAUGGGACUUUUUUAUUAACCUGAGUGAAUCAGACUAUCCAAUACAACACAACUCAAAACUGGUGGAAUUUUUAAGAGCCAAUAGAGAUUUUAACUUUUUAAAACCCCAUGGAAGGGAACUUUUAAGGUUUAUUAAAAAGCAAGGAUUGGAUAGGACAUUUUUAGAAUGUGAUGAGCACAUGUGGCGACUCGGCGACAGAAAACUGCCCUCUGACAUUGAGAUCGAUGGCGGAAGUGACUGGAUUGGUUUAAACAAGAAAUUCUGUCACUAUUUAGUAACAUCAAAGGACCCUCUAGUAGUGAGACUCAAACACAUGUAUGGAUACUCGCUACUUCCAGCAGAGUCUUUCUUCCACACCGUUUUAAGGAAUGGUCCUUACUGUGAGACGUUCGUCCGAAGCAAUCUUCGUCUCACAAACUGGAAGCGGAAGCUGGGCUGCCGGUGUCAGUACAAGCAUAUCGUGGAUUGGUGUGGCUGCUCACCAAACGACUUUAAGCCCGAGGAUUUGCCUCGGCUGAAGAGCAAGUCAACAAACUUCUUCGCACGUAAAUUCGAGGCGAUCGUGAACCAAGAGGUCAUCAACCAGUUAGACGCUUGGCUUUAUGACCCAUAUCCGACCGACACGCAAGGAUUGAAUUACUACUGGGAGAAUCUUUUCCAUCGCGAAGACUCCAUCACCAAAACUAGCGACGUGUUUAGAACAUUCUUCCAUGCUUUUGCCAGAGUAGGCGAGAAAAGUUUAAAAACAGCAGCCUCGCAAGGAGCUAAAAGCCAGAAAUGUCCAAGUGGGAGGGUUUUAGACACUCAGGAGAUCACACUACUGAAUCAACAUGAUCAAUUUGGCGGGCUAUUAGUUUUGUAUGAUGUUGAAUAUUCAACAAAGGAUGGCGAUAAACAGGUCGUCACUUUAGAAUCGUGGCUGGCUCCGUUGAGUCAUGAAGAGCUUUUGAAUCUGAACAUGAGUAACGGACCACAGCGACUUGUGGGGCUAGAGGUGGGCACUAGUUGGGACCAAAAGGAGAGGGUCUUUCGCAACAUGGCCCGUCUGAUGGGUCCCUGGGACGACCCUGUCUUAGUACACCGCUGGGUUCAUGGCAAAGCAUUUGAUGUAAAACUUAUGUGGGUGGACCCCAUCAACGUGGUGACGGGAAUUUAUGAAAUGCGCGUGGUCGAUAACUGGGUGGUUUCAUUUCAUAAACCCACUUUCAAGAAACCAAUGCGGCCUGGAAAGUGGACAAUUAAAAUGAUUUUCUCGCAUAAAGGCGAGGAUAUGGUCAUAGGACAAACGAAAUUCUUAGUGGUUCCUCUGUCAUUCUCAAAAGGCCAACCUAUUAGCUCUAAUGAAGCUGUCGCCGCGAACAGCGGUCCCCCGGGCGGGAUUUAUAACGCUAAUGAUUUCUUAAUCGAGUUUGACCGAGAGGCAAACAACACAGAGGCCCUGGCCACGAAUGCCGCGGAGAAUUCUAGGAAGUCUGGGGAACCGCUUCAUGAUUGGAUAGACAAUGUUACAGAAUAUUUUUGGACGGUAGAAUCGUCUUGCAUAGUUCAAGGGAAGAUUCCUGGUUGCGAGCAAAUUCCACAAUGUGAAUCUACUUCAUGGAGUUCAAGGUCACCAGAUCCUAAAUCAGAAAUAGGUAGAGUGAAACCUAAUGGUCGAUUACGAUAGUAAAUCAAUUUCAAUGUAACACUUUUACUCCCAAGAAUGGAUUGAUAAUGCUUAUUUCUAUCCACACCGCAUCAUUCCGUUGGCGGUCGUCCAUCACUCGUAUGUUACAGACCGAAUUGGACUUCACUUGGUCCAAUUACCAUUAUACUAUUUAGUGACUAACAACACCCUCUAGCUGACAAGUUUUGGCUGUCCUCAAUACCUGUUUGAGGCAUUAUGCCUUGAAGGGGCGAGAAGUUACAGAUCGAGAUCACAACUGGGAGUUAAAGUGUUAACGGGGUUUUUUUCCCAUAGAAAUUUUUAGAUCUUCAAAUUACGUUCAAAAUGUUCCGCAAACGAAAUAGUGUAUUUAUUAUUCUUGCCAUGAUAAUUUUGAUAACUGUUAUAGCGUUAUAUGGACUAAAAGGUUACAAUUCACUCAUAUCUUUUGGUUGAAAUUCCUCUUAAACGUUUAGAGCUUCUUCGGAAUUUGGUUCAUGCUGAACUUUGAGACUGCCUAUUUAGGCUAAUGCACUCUCCGACCGUAGCUGUUGUAUGCACAGUUAUUCAUUUAAAAGAAAGUCGAAGAAUUUGUUUGGAUAAAACCAUGUGCUAUAUUAGGGUUUUUAAUAGAAUAAACUGCCACUCAAAAUUUUACACGCGCUGUUGUUGGGGAAAAUUAAAUUACUCAUCUUCCACAGUUGUUGGCAUGAGUUUAUGUAACUUAGACCCAUUUCCAGCCGGAAGAAGAUGAAUAUAUCCCUCCAAUGUGAUGAAGAAGUAUUUAUUGAAUUUUGAUAAAUGCACAUAACUUUGCAUUUAAAAAAUGCAUUUUUGUCUUGUUCAGUUUUCCACUCAAAAAAUCAAAGAAAAAAUACUUUUUCAUGCCAAAUUGUCUUGAUGGAUCAAAAGACAGCCCUAACUUCAAGUUUUAAAAGGCGAUGAUUAACUGUUAAUCACCUUUGCAUCUUCAAUACGAAAAGGUUAAGGUUUUUACAAGCUAACUUGCUUCAUAGAGUAACUCGUUUUGUUAAAUUAAGGAGCUUUGGUGGGGCGAAGAACACUUGAUGACGCUCUUUUAUCUCAGAGUGUUUGAAAAAUAAA